AUGACUCGUCUCAGCUUAUUUUUGGCUAUGUUCGCUACAGUGGUCAUCGCCGGUCCAUAUUCAAAUUCUCAACAAGAAAUUGUUACAAAGGAAGACACAAAGGUUAAACGUCUAUUUUGCCCGAGAUAUGCGAACGGAGAGAUGUGUCAGGAAAAUACGAUGAUGACAUACUACAGUUGCUGUGGCGAGAGAAAUGAUCGCUGUUGCGGGUAUACCAGAACUUGGGUUUGGGUUGUUAUUAGCCUCGUAUCGCUACUGGUACUGCUUGUGGUAGUUGGCUUCCUGCUCAGGAAGUGCUACUUCAAACGUCGUCGUGAUCAACACGAGCACUACGUUUCUGGUGUUCGAAGCAAUGUUGAAGUGAAAUCCUAA